AUGAACUCAGAAGGACCAGGGGAGAAAAAGAGCAUUCCUAAUGGUGUGGUAGGAUUCACUGUAAAUGGAAAUGAUGAUCAACACUGUGUAGAUGACAAAACAACCACAGACCAGUCCAAUUAUCAGCCAGUCAAAAUUCCCAAACUUCCCAGCACUCCUGGAGCUUCUACAGAUGCAAGGCUCCAAAGAAACCAGGAAGAGAUUCAUCCACCAUGGCUUAAACCAUAUUUGGAACUAUUGGACCAUUCACCACCUCAGAAUCCCCAAGAUCCAUACAUGACUGGUGAGUUUAAGCUAAAGAUUUAUAAAACUGGUAAAGCUUCAUUCAAAAACUACAGAGAUCCAAAUUAG